AUGUCUACCCUAAAUCUUUUCCAGCAGAUCCAUCUGCAAUCCUUGACCGCUAACCUAGCGGGCUCGAUCGUGGGUCCCGAACGGAUUCUCCAGGACGCCAUGGACAUUGCAGCCAAACACAUGGUCAAGAAACACUUGGGUCAGUACGGGUGGGACAUCAACUGGGGUCCCCGAGUAUGGAAGUCUGAGACUUCAAAGUGGUACGAAGGCCUCAACAACUGCUGGAUGGUGAUGAAGGCGCCCAAUGUCGAGUACCCUGACGGAACCAAGUUCGACACCUAUGUUGUGGCGAUUGCUGGUACCGCUGUGCUCUCUAGGGAAGACUGGGUGUACGAGGACUUUGGAGUCAACAAGGUGGUGGACUUCGACUCUUACACCAAAACCUUCAAGAGUGGUUCCGCCGAACAGCCUGUUGGAGUCCAGAAUCCUCCUUUCCGCGACAUUCCGUACGGUGCCUGGGGAACGACCCUCGGUGCUUGGGCAGUCGCAACACAUAACUCGCCGAGUGGAAAUCCAGGAGCUGGCAUAAACCUAUUGAACUAUCUCGCCAACCUCGAGAAGAGCCCUGGAGACUUCCGCGUCAUCUUCACCGGCCACAGUCUCGGAGGUGCCCUUUCGCCCUACCUAUCCCUAGCAACCAAGGCCAACAAUCUCGCUCCGGACGUCGCUGAUGUUGCGGCUGACAUUCUCGCCCUUCCUGCAGCGGGAGCGACACCGGGCGAACAGCUUUUCAGCGACGCCUACUCCAAGUCGUCAAAGGUGAGCGGCCCGGGAGGGUAUCAGUCGUGGAACGCAGACUUUUACAACACCCUCGAUAUCGUUCCCAACGCGUGGUCAACCGACGACACUCAGGACCGAAACCUAGACUAG